CGGGGCGGGGAGCGGGGUCACGUGGGGCGGCGCGGGGUGGCUGCCGGGAGCUGGCUGGGCCGGAGGCCGCGGGGCCGGCGCCCGCCGCGAGGAAUGGGGCUGCCGGCCGCGUAGGGGCCAUGCCGCCCGGGCCCCGGGCUUUCCCCACUCCGCGCCCCGGCCGCCGCGCCCCGCGUCCGCCCCGGCAUGGUGAACCUAGCGGCCAUGGUGUGGCGCCGGCUCCUCCGGAAGAGACCUCUGAGUGUUGCAGUGAGCCAGGACUCAGUCUCUGCAUUCUUCCCUACCUGACCCAGGAGGAAAGGGCAGUGAGAGAUCGGAAUCUCCUCCAGGUUCAAGACCACGACCAGCCCAUUCCGUGGAAAGUGCAGUUUCACCUGGGGAACAGCAGUCGGCCUGGCAACCAGUGCCGGAACUCCAUUCAAGGGAAGCACCUCAUCACGGAUGAGCUAGGUAGGGCUGGCUCCCUUCUGCAGCCAGCGAAGGGCUACGGCUACAUUUGUGAAAGGAAGGACUUGCUGGUGAACGGCUGCUGUAACGUCAACGUCCCCGGCACCAAGCAGUACCGCUGUGACGGCUGCUUGCCCCACGGCUGCUGCGGCGCCUACGAGUACUGCGUGUCCUGCUGCCUGCAGCCCAGCAAGCAACUUCUCCUGGAGCGCUUCCUCAACCGGGCAGCCGUGGCGUUCCAGAACCUCUUCAUGGCCGUCGAAGAUCACUUUGAAUUGUGUCUGGCCAAAUGCAGGACCUCAUCCCAGGUUGUCCCCAGCCCUGCCUUCACCAAUUCAUUCUGCAGGGGAUCGAUUUGCAGAGAGGACUCCUAACAAGGGUGAAGCUGGGAGUGUGGCAAGCAUCAGAAUUUUUCCGACACCCUCUUGAAACAACUUUGUCCUGGAUGAAUAAGGACCCUUCAGGCUACUCCACAUAAGCAAUGUGUUGGAUAGAGGCAAAUGUGCCACCAAGGCAGGGAGAAAUAUAUAAGAGGGCAUCUAGAAACAUCUCUGCCAUCCGCAAACCAACAAGUCACAGUGGUCCUGCCCCCAGGCACCUCAGGACCCAGAUGAAGUUGAUUCUGGUGGUGAUUACCGCGCUCCCUGCAUUUGGAAGAGGCUUCCCCCAGUGGGUGAUGCCCGAUAGAGGGGAAUGGAUUCUCAGCAUGGCAUUUUCAGACUGGGUGGUGAGGACUGGGGAAGGAAAAAGGUUUAGGAUAAAUUGCAGAAGGAGGACUCAUCCUGCUGUUCUUACGAAAAUGAAAUGAAAAGGGAGAAAGAUUCUAUUGGGUUUUGACAUUUCCAAAUUCUCACUUCUACAAUGGGGAGUAAAUUCAGAUUCCCUUUUUAAAAAAUAAAAAGCCUUCAUUUGGGGUUUAAUGCUAAUAAGUAUAAUGAGGGUAUGGGAGAGGCAGCUGCCAAGCUAAGAACCAGGAAUGGGGAAGUGGGAUUCAGACUCAGCCUCUACAUCUCCUCUUCCACGUGAUCCCUCAGACCAUGAUGCAGUGGCGUUAGGGCUGAUGUGACUUAAAAUGAAGGUAGUCUGCACUUUUUCUCGGGCUCUCACCCACCUUUUGGCGACAACAUGCACAUGUCAUGGCUGAACACUGCCCUUGAGUCUGCUGUGGAAGUAUGGAGGUUUUCUUCCCCAUGUGUGUUUGCUGGUGCUUGUGUUUUGGCCUAGGGUGCUGAGUCAUGGAAAUCUCAUUGAUGGCAUAGACAUCUGGAGAUGGAUGGAUGCCCCACCAUGGUUGGAAGAUUAUGGUUUGGCAGAUGUGAAGAGGUGACAAAGUACAGUGGUCAGCAAACUUCUACUGUAAACGGCCAGAUAGUAAAUAUUUUCAGCUUUGAAGGUUGUACGGUCUCUGUUGCAACUGCUUAAACUCUGCUGUUGCGGCAGGUAGUAUGUACACCAAUGAACAUGGCUAUGUUACAAUAAAACUUUAUUUACAGAGACAGGUCGAGGGCCUGAUUCAGCCUGUAGGCCAGAGGUGCCAACCUCUGGCUUAGUGGACCACCUUAAUUGCUCCAACUCCUUUCUUAGUGUUGUCCCUUAUUUUAGAGACAAGGUUCUAGAAAAGCUGGACUGUUUUCCUCAGUGCUCCCGGAAAUGUUAAAAUCAUGAAAGGCCACCUUCAGAGAGAAGGACGUCAACUGAGCGGAAACAGCAGGAAUUUGGAGUUUUAAACCUACAGCAGAUGCUGAGAAAUGAAGAUUCUGCUGUCUUCCCAUUGUCCCUCAACGGAAGGCUGGGUGUUUUAAUUAGCUAAUGUUGGCAAAUUGCUUUGAAGAAAAUUGUAAAGUGUUUCGUGCUACAAGUGCCAAGAAUCCCAAUUAGCUUUCCUUAAAGGUACCACCUGGAAGUGUGAUACUUUGUUGCUCGAGGUCCAAGGCAGCAAGAAUAACCUGCAGAUCAAAAACCGGUUUUUAAGCAAACAUAACUGAAUAUAAAUGGAUCUUUGCAUCGACGUCACAUUUUCUUCCUUCUGCCUAAUCUUGUUCCUAGCAGCUGGGAUAUUAAACCCCGUAAAUGGAGGGGUGUGUGUGUGUGUGUGUGUGUGUUUUCCAAGAGAGCUGGGUGGCGACGGGGACAUGAAACACAUUAACCCAUCCAUGUGUUGCUGCCGACGUUGCCUUUUGGAUUUUUGGCUUGUGCCCCAGCGGCCCUGCCCUGGCGUGUCAAGGUUACAGACGGGAGGUGGCUGGCAGUCACUCAGUCAUAAAGCAGGGCUGGCUCUCAGGUACCCCAGUCCAGGAGAGAUGUGUGCAUGCUCCACCGCUCUUAACAGCUGGGUAAUGAAUGUGCUUCCAACAUCCCUGUUUCCUGUGGUGGCAGCGGCCACAGCAGCGGCAUCUGAUCUGUGUCACCAUCAGAAGCAAGUGAGAUGUAGUUAAUAUGGACCUUAGCCACCGACGUGCAUUGAUUUGGAAUCUCCGGGCUCUGAUGAAGUCCCUGCUAAACUGGUCAGCCGGCCUGGGUGAGAGGAGGCAGCAGGGGAUGCGGGAGGGUGUUAGGGUUAGGGCAGGGGUCCUCAGCCUCAGCACUGCUGACUUUGGGGCCCGGAUGAGUCUGUGAGCAUGUGAUGUGGGGCAGGGGCUGUCUGGUGCCUUGUAGCAUGCUGACGCCUACCCACUAGAUGCCAGCAGCAGCCCUCGUUCCCAGUGGUGAUGACCAAAAACUGUCUCCAGAUGUGGCCUCAUAUCCCCCGAGGGGACAGUCACUCCUCAUUGAGAAGCAUUGGGUUAAGGGGAGGGCUAGGAGUCCUAUUUUUCAGGGAGACCCUUGGAGCUGAGACCCAAUAGAAAGUGGGCUCCAGGCAUCACUCCUAACUCUUCCCUGUGUCUCACACCCUCGUCUCAUCCACUAGCAAACCCUGCCUUGACCCCAUGUUGUGAACUGACCACCUCUUGCCAUCCAUCCUCUCCUGCUCUCGUUCAAGUCCCCACAUCUUGUCUAGACACUGCAUGUCUAGCCUCCCAGUGGCCCCCUGCUCCCCAUUGCCCCCCACAGAUGGUUCUCCACCCAGUGCCCAGAGGGAGCCAUGGGAAGGGUCAGUGAGAGACCUCCCAGUCCCGCUGGGAACCCCUGGCUCCAUGGCACUUCUGCAGAAAUCCUCCUCCUCCCUGGCGGUGUGCCCCACAUGCGUACGCCUCUCCCACCUCUGCACCUGGCCUUCACUCCCCAGUCUCUGCUCAGAUGUCCCUCUCCAGAGGCCUGCCCCGACCCCAGCUUGAAGAGCACACCUCUGUCUUCUCUGGCCCGGGGGUCCUCAGCCUCAGCACUAGUGACAUUAGGGGGCAAAUGGAAAAAUGUCUUCAGACAUUGCCAGUGUCCCCUGAGGGGCGACAUUGCCCUGGCUGAGAACCACUGCCCUCCUACUCCUGCUUUAUUUUUCUUCACAGGACUCUGAUAGGACAUCCAGUUCGUCUUCUUCACGGGAAGGCAAGCUUUGUGAAGAAAGCAGAGACUUAGAUUUGUCCCCUGCUGUCCUUCCAGGGCACAGAAUAGAGCUUGGUGCAGAGUAGGUGCUUAAUAAAUGUGUCGAAUGUUAUGAAAUUCGUACUUCUAAACAGUCAGUGGGGCAAUGGGGUCAUGGAUUUGGGGCAGAACUGGGCCUACAGAGUGUGUUUUACUGGUCCUAGACACCGAAAUUCUGUGCCCUGGAUGCCUGCAAAGUCCUUAAAGCACAGAGAAGCCUUCGGGAAAGCUAGGCUAGGGGUCUUGGGAAAGGGUAGCCCCAGGGCCCCUCCCCGAAGUGCUUACCAGGCAGGUGAGAGGCAAAGGCAGGACCCGCAGGUGCCCAGGUGAGCCGGGGGAGCACACAUGGGGAGACACAAGGCUCUGUUAAGAGGGAACUGCCUCUGGCCUGCAAGCAUUUGCAGACUGAAGGAUUCGGGUGGCCUGGAGAUGGAGAGAACAUUCUAACGUCCAUUUGUGGGUGCGUUGGGGAUUUCCUUUGUGGUUGCAGGUAAUACCUAGAGCUUGAUCGAUGAAGAUGGGAUCCCCCCUUCAUUCCCCUCUCCCACAUCACUAAGACAUCUGAAGGGACAGCUGCGACAUAGUGUGCUGAGCCCCGGGAACACAGGCGCGCACCAGGGCUGGGGGCUGGGCCCACUUGCCGAGCCUCUUCUCUCCCCGUCUGCACCGUGCUGUCCUAGUAGCUCCUGGCGUUUGCAUGUCAUCUCCCCACCCUUGCUCCCCGGCGGAGCAAGGUGGAGUACUGUAAAGUGUCAUGAUCCAGAGAAAUCGGACUUCAGAUAGGGUCCUCCCCUCGUUGUAUGACUUUGGGCAGAGUGACUUUUCUAAAACUCAGUUUGCUGAUCUGUACAAUGGGGAUAAUACCUCGCUCUCUGGUUUGUUGUGAGGAUUCGAUGAGGUGAACGGCGCUCCUCACCGGGCCUGGCCAAUGUCUGUGUUCCUGAGGGGUUGCCCUUAUUAUCCCCUCCUUAUCCAGGUUCCCAUAUGGCUGGUUCGGCCCCUGGCCUGGCUCACCUGCCUCCUCCCUUUUGCUCCUGCAGCGGCAUCAAGCGUCCCAACUAUCACCCCCUCUCCCUCCCUUCCCAGCAUGCGCAUCUCAUCACUGUGAUUACACCGUAUUAGCCACCGUGAUUGUUCCAUGCCUUGGCACCUCAUUACUGAAAUAAAGUUAGCAUUAAUGGGAGUCCUGCAGCUAAUCCCUCUGCUCACCUCUCCUGAAAAUGCAUUCCGGUGAUUAGCAGGAGAGACACAUGCAUAUAUUCAUUUUUAAAACUGUUCCCUCCUCCCCCUCUCCCUGCGUAUCUACUCACAGUCACGCCAGAGAUGGAGGCCAGGGGGCCUUUUAGCUGCCAACAGGCAGAGGAGGUGGUGAAAUCGUCCUGAACUGGGGCAGGGCCGGGCUUUGGGAGCAGCCAACAU